CGCAUGCCUGCUAUGUGGCCUUGUUGGUCGGGAGAGACAAUGCAGAAGAAGAUAAGAAAAGAGGCGGACCCUGUUCCGUGUACGUCCGUAACUCAGCGAACGUUAUCUUCAAAACUCUAUAUUUCUACAGGAAAAGGAGAUAACAGAAAUCCCUUUACAACUUUGUAGAGGAAACAAGCAUUCAGAGGACGGGAACAACAUGCCUCUUGUAUUUAAAGAUAAUCUAAUUGAAACAACUGGCUCUAAGAAGUGGGGAUGGUUUAUGCGAUAAAAGACCUGUGUCUUGGUGUUCGUACUAGCGUAUUACAGAAAGGUGUAUAGUGUGUUAAUGCAACCGCGACAUUUAGACCUACUAACUAUUCCAGGAAUACUCUGUAUCAUCGUUUCUGCAUCUUACUCAUAUCGUCAGUUUUUAUUUGUCCCAUUGUAAUAUAUUGCAAAAGAUCCGGUACUACUUACACAGAGAAAUAUUCAAACUGUAGAAAAGAAAGAAGCAAGAACCUCCAAUUAUUUGAUCGAGGCAUUUCUUAAAAGCAACUAGUGAUCAAGAGCAUCCAACAAGAUGACCCGGGCUUCAGGGGCUCCGGCUACAUCUCCCUGGCCGUCAUCUACGCCGUCUUCGCCACGUUCAACUGGCUGGCCCCGUCCUGCCUCAGCUUCCUGGGGCCCAAGCUCACCAUGAUCGUCGGGGGCGCCACCUACGUAAUAUUCAUCGCAUGUUUCCUUUGGCCUCAGACGUGGCUCCUAUACCUGACCUCGGUUCUUGUAGGCAUCGGGGCGGCCCUCUUCUGGGCGGGUGAGGGCAACUACCUUACUCUCAUGUCCGACCAAGAUACCAUCGCGCGGAACUCUGGCAUCUUCUGGGCUCUGUUUCAAAGCAGCCUCCUCUUCGGAAACAUCUUCGUGUACUACAUGUUCAUGGGGAAGGACACCAUCGACAGCGGGACGCGCCUCGUGGUGUUCGCGGCGCUGACGGGGGUGGCGCUGGUCGGCCUGGCGAUCCUGCUGGCGCUGCCCAAGCCCGGCGCCGACGGGAGCGGCCGCCAGGACGACAUGGGAGGGCCGCUCAACGCCCUCAAGAAAUCCUUCGAGCUCUUCAAGACGCGAGACAUGAUCCUGCUGUCGGUGACUUUCUUCUACACGGGUCUAGCCCUGUCCUUCUUCAGCGGCGUCUACAGCACCUGCGUUGGCUCCACACUAAGGUUUAGCGAUCCCGCCCGCCUCGUUGGUAUAUCUGGCAUGUGUCUCGGUAUCGGAGAAAUAUCAGGUGGUGCAAUUUUUGGCAUAUUUGCUGGCAAGACAGUUACAAAAGGAAGGGAUCCUAUUGUGCUCAUAGGAUUCCUAACACACCUGCUUGCCUUUUUCCUCAUCUUCCUAAAUCUUCCUACCAAGUCUCCUCUCGAUCGCACUUUUGAUCCUAGUUUCUUCCCAGGAGGCCAGCCGAGCGAGUUUGUCGCCCUGCUCUGUAGCGCCAUGCUGGGCUUCGGUGACGCCUGCUUCAACACGCAGAUCUACUCCAUCCUUGGCUCCAUCUACCAGGACAACUCGGGCCCUGCUUUCGCCCUGUACAAGUUCACGCAGUCGCUAUCUACCGCUGCCUGCUUCUUCUAUUCAAGUGUGUUGGAGCUAUACUCCCAACUUGAUAUCCUUACAACGUUCUGUAUGGCGGGCACCAUAACCUUCUGUAUAGUAGAGUGGAAAGUCCAAGUCACUGCACCGUCUUCCCAACAAGGCUUGAAAAUAUAAAUUAAAAAAUGCAUAAUUCAUAAGUUUGUAAAUUUUACUUGCUCCUGCUGUUUCUGUUUCUCGCAUCUGGCCGGUAUGUGAGGUACUACAACCUGCACUGUAAUUAUUUUCUUUAACUAUUUUCAGUGUUUAUCCUUUUCUAAUAUCUAUUUAUCUCCAUGUUGACAGAGUGACUGAUAGAUAGCCCAAUGAAGAUUUGUUUGUUAUAUUGUUGUGCUACUUAGAAAUAGAUGAAGAGUCGUUUGCUUGAUAAAGAAGUUAUUUUUUAUGGGAUACUUGUAUCUUCAUAACAACUUAACAGCAAUGGUUAUCACAAAAAUGGUUUAUUUGCUAACUCACUAAAGAGGAAAUUAGUGUUUCCUGUUGGGGUUUGUGGCAAACAAUAUAUGCCAUGUCAACAACUGUUUCAAAAAAAAAGUUCGAGCAAAACUAAUUCCCAACAACAUUCCGAAUUUCUACACUGAAAGAUAUAUGCGGUGACUCGGGAUUGUAUAUGAAUAUAUUACUUACAAUAUAUACUUUGAUAUGAAUGAUAACU